AAAAAAAAAGAAAGCUCUUUCGGCAAUCGGUACCCUUUUCAUUGUUUAUCCAAAGCUUCCUGUGUUGGGGACUUGUGCUGUGGUGGGUCUGCCAUGCUGAGAGGAUUCUGUUUUUCUUAGAGGGAGAGAGCGAGUGGUUCAAAUAGAAGAGGAAAAAGUUGUUAUUGAAGAUUGAUUAGGAAUAAAAAAUUUGAAUUUUUAUGUCAAGAAAAGAUAGCAUAGUAUAUGAUAAUGGAUCCACAUCUUCAUGGAUUUGGUGGUUCCACAAAGGAAUUCCGGUUGGAGAAUCAGUCUUUGCCAAUUCUGCAGAAUCAGAGGUUUGAAAAUGGUUUAUUUGAUCAAAGUAGGGAGUUUGGUUACCUUCAGUCCAAUCUUCUGCCACCAGCUAAUAAUACACAUUCAUCCUCAAUUUUGACAAAUGAUGAGCCUUCUCCGGAGGAUUGCGAUUUUUCUGAUGCAAUUUUAGGUUACAUCAAUCAAAUCCUAAUGGAAGAAGACAUGGAAGACAAGACAUGUAUGCUUCAAGAUUCUUUGGAUCUUCAAGUUGCCGAGAAAUCGUUAUAUGAGGUGAUAGGUGAAAAGUAUCCAUCUCAGCCAUUAGGGAUUAAUCCAAAUGAUGGGGAAGGAGUUAAUGACUUGUUUGAAAACUAUGGUAGUGAUCUUGUUAAUGACGGCGAUCUUAGUAGCAUUGUUAUGAGUAGUUCGUUUCUUCGGAACUCAGAGGAAGUACAUCGCCAAAACUCUCAAGGGAAUAGCAUUUCACAGUCAUCUCAUAGUUCUUCGAAUAGUGUAAUAAGCAGCUUGGAAGGUCCUGUUGAAUCUCCAAAUAGCAUUCUUCAGGUGCCAGAUAUGAGCAGUGAGAGUCAAUCUAUUUUGCAAUUUCAGAAGGGUGUCGAGGAGGCUAGUAAAUUUCUUCCAAGUGGAAAUGGUCUCUUUUCCAAUUUUAGUCCAGCUAAGUUGUCGUCACCAUUAGAGCCUAAAUUGGGGACCAAUGCAUUUUCUGUUAAGGUAGAGAAGGAUGAUGGCGAGUCUUUUCUAGCAGGAUCCAAGGGAAGAAAGCAUUCUGACAGGGAAGAGGGAGACAACGAAGAAAAUAGAAGCAGCAAGCAAGCUGCAGUUUAUUCGGAACCUACAUUGCGGUCAGAUAUGAUUGAUAUAUUCCUGCUUCACAGCGCAGGGGAUGGUAAGCAACAUUAUAUGGCACGUCGCGAUGCUUUACAGAAUAAGAACACGGACAAGAUGUUGCCGAGAAAUGGUAAGUCAAAAGCAUCGAAAACUGGGAAGGGGCGUGGUAAGAAACAAAAUGGGAGAAAAGAAGUGGUUGAUUUGAGAACCCUUCUGGUUCUUUGUGCACAAGCUGUUGCAGCCGAUGACUCCAAAAGUGCCCAUGAGUUUCUUAAGCAGAUCAAGCAGCACUCGAGUCCUUUUGGAGAUGGAAGUCAGAGGUUAGCUCAUAUGUUUUCAGAUGGCCUCGAGGCACGCUUGGCAGGCACUGGAAGCCAAAUCUAUAAAGGCUUAAUUUGUAAAAGAACAUCAGCAGCUGAUGUUCUUAAAGCAUACCAUCUCUACCUUGCUGCUUGCCCAUUUAGAAAGAUUUCAAAUUUUAUGUCAAACAUUACAAUUAGGACAUCUUGUGCAGACUCAAUGAGAGUUCAUGUUAUAGAUUUUGGUAUCCUUUAUGGUUUCCAGUGGCCGACUUUUAUUCAGAGGCUUUCGUGGAGAUCUGGGGGACCACCGAAACUUCGGAUCACAGGAAUUGACUUCCCACAACCUGGUUUCAGGCCUGCGGAGAGAAUCGUAGAAACGGGACGUCGCUUGGCAGCUUAUGCUGAAACUUUCAAUGUCCCAUUUGAGUACAACGCCAUAGCGAAAAAGUGGGAAACAAUUCAACUCGAAGAACUGAAGAUCGAUAGAGAUGAGUAUGUUGUUGUUACUUGUUUUUAUCGAGGCAAAAACUUAUUGGAUGAAUCUGUGGUGGUGGAAAGUCCAAGGAAUAAGUUCCUCAAUUUGAUAAGGAAGAUCAACCCGGAUAUCUUCAUUCAUGGCAUUAUUAAUGGGGCCUUUAAUGCCCCUUUUUUUGUUACUCGAUUCAGGGAAGCACUGUUUCACUACUCUUCACUGUUUGACAUGCUUGAAACUAUUGUGCCUCGUGAAGACUGGGAGAGGAUGCUGAUUGAGAAGGAGAUAUUCGGGCGAGAAGCAUUGAAUGUUAUAGCCUGUGAAGGCUGCGAGAGAGUCGAGCGGCCAGAGACAUAUAAGCAGUGGCAAGUCCGAAUAUUAAGGGCCGGGUUUAUGCAACAACCUUUUGAUCCUAAGUUAAUAGGGAUGGCAAUGGAUAAAGUAAGGUCUGGCUUUCACAAGGAUUUCCUAAUUGAUGAAGAUGGUCAGUGGCUGGUGCAAGGUUGGAAGGGGCGAAUCAUUUACGCACUCUCUUGUUGGAAACCUGCAUGACUAAGAUGGUACGACCACAUCCGCUGAGGGUUUUCUGAAUUGGUUUUAGUCAUGAGGAUUUCAGGUAAUGUAGCCACCCCAUAUUUUUCAGUUCAUCUGGAAAAAUAUGGCUUGUGUGAUUGUUAUGCAUUGUGAACUGAAUCUGAUGAAAUUGAACAGGGCAUGUGCAAUUUGGUUCAAGCUGCGAGCUCGGUUCACCAAAACAUGGUUACUUGGAUAGCCUGGCAAGGAAUCAGAGAAUGGUUUAACCAUUUGUGAGUUGUACCACAUGCCUUUCAGCGUUAGAUCAUUUAGGAAGUUUAUAGUUUGAUUCCUGACGUGGGUUUUCAGAUUAAUCCAAUCUAGUGUUGUAGAUUAGUUUGCCUUGUAAUAAAGUCAAUCUUUUGAGUUUGAUUGCUGUUUCCAAUUUUGAGGUUAAUACCCUGACACCUUUUGUAGGUAACUUAACUGAAGAUGAUAUAGCUUGUGUACUUUUUUUCUGUGAACACAAUCUAAUGUGACAUAUUAUCUGGUUCUCAUGGUA